GUCUCCUAGUAGGAGACUAAAGUAAAGGUCUGCUUUCAACUUUCAACUUUUAAUGUGUAACGACGAAAGCAUUCGGCAAGACUAGCAUGAAGUUGCUUCAUCUGAUACACACAUUAAUCCCCUUCUCUCGCCAUCGUUCCACUGUUGCAGACAACUUGACGCCAACAGAAGUUACAGAACCUGCAGCCUAUAUCUAUCGGCUGCCAGUGGAACUUCUACAACGAGUCUUCCUGUUCAUAGUUAACGACACGUUAGGCUGUCCCAUUAUCGACAACACAUCAAAAUAUAUCACCAUUUCGCUCGAUGUUACUAGCCCUCCCCUAGUAGUACUUGCCAGGGUGUGCCAUUUUUGGCGAGUCGUUGCAUAUUCAACGCCAGGAGUCUGGUCACGCAUUCAGAUCGUGCUCCCUGAAAAAGCUAAACCGUUGAAACCAUUUCUUCCAUAUUUCAUUCAGUGUUGGCGUUGAGAACCUUGGAGUGCCAUCAUUCAAUUAUCAGGAGAUUCAAUGCACCAAAGCUUUCCCGCUUAUACAUCGAUGGUACUUUUCUCGGACCGUUCCAGUCGGACAGCCCACCCUUA